AUGGCCCUCGACGACGACGAUAACCCCGCCCUUGCGGCCCCUCCUCCCACAGCAAACACAACCACCGCAACCCCAGACGCCCCAGCUGAAGAAACCGCCGAAGACCUCCUCGAAGACGAAGGCGCCGCAGCACAAGACUUCCGUGUCUUUGCCAGUUUAUUCAAAAAGAACACACAUAUUUCCGCGCAGACAAUUCGCAAAGGCGAGAAAGACUUCGAGUCCCAUGGCACACAACUCCAGGCCGACACCCUCGAGCAGAGUAGAGCUGCUAUGCAGGAGGUUCUGAGUUAUACUCGCAUUCACAGUGGCGCCAAUCUUGUACGUGGUUGGUAUUUCCCAAGUUGGUGGGCGGACUAUGAGGAGGGUGAGGAAUGGCAGGAUUCAAAAGCGGAAGAUGGGAAGAAGGAAAGGAAGCCUUUUGGGCACAUCAGGGACAGAGUUGUGAUUUUGGAGGGGUCCAGCACGUCUACGCAGAACCUGGGGAGGGCAGUGACGGGACAGGCGAAGGAUAGGCCAGGGAGGGGGAGGGAUUGGUUGCUUCCCGAGGAAGCGCUCUAUCUGGUAGAGAGAGGGUCCUUGGAUCUGUGGUGGCCCACAAAAGAGUUUGGUGAGAUUUUCCCUCCACCUCCUGCCGCCCCUGUCGAAAGGGAAGCUCCCCAACCCGAGAACACCGAUGUCGACCCAUCAACCCAACCGACGGGCGCCAGCGAAGACAAAGAAGACGAAUACGCCGACGGCUUCCCCCUCUCCCUCCAAGCAGCCUACGCCCUCCUCAUCGGCCUGGACGGCACCCGCGGGAAGAUCUCGCUCCAAAAAUUUCAGGUCUACUCCAAUCUCAAACGCUGCGGCUACAACGUUCUCCGCGCUCCUCCUAACCCUCCUAACCCGAAUCAGUCCUCCUACCGUCUCAACAUUACAAUCAAAAACUUCUUUUCCUCCCUCCUCCCCUCUUUCACCCCAUCACCGCCCAAAUCCGGUCCCUUGCUCAAACCAGGCCUCUAUCGCUCCUACAACCAAAUCUUUUCUCAACUCUCCCUCAUCGAAAGGCACAUCCCCUCCCCCGUCCUCCCUCUUCCUCUCCCAUCGAUAGCACCAUAUGAGAUUCACUUUCUGGUGUGGAAGUCCUCCCAAAAAUGGACAAAACUGAGGCAUCCAAGCCCGGACUUUUAUCUGAGUGUGGUGGAUGCUCAGGAGAGCGAGGUGCCGCAGAUGGAGGAGAUACUUGGGCUGUUGGAGCAGACGCCUUGGGCGCCGCCGAAGAGGGAGUGGGAGGGGAAUCAUGGGAGGUUGUAUGCUAGGUUGAAGAAUGGGUGGAGGAAUGUUUUGAUGGCGGUGGUGGAUCAUGGGGUUAUUAAUUAUAUGAGGUGGGGAGAAGGGGGGUUUGGGCAGGAGAGGAUUUAUGAGAGGUUUGAUGGGAGGAAUGGGAGUUAUAGGGGUGGGAAGAGAGGGUGGGGGAAUCAAGGACGGGGUGGGAGGGGUGGGAGAGGUGGUGGGAGAGGAAGGGGGAGGGGGAGGGGGAGGGGGGGAUAG